AUGUCAGCUUCAUCCAGUGAAAAGAGGCGAAGCCAGUUCAUUCAUGUGUCCACCCCAAGCUAUGGCGGUUCGAAUGGCGCGGUGCCACCUCUACCAUUCCUUCCCCUCCCACCUGAAGAGCCUCCUAAGUCCACGACGGCCAUCUACGCCGCAACUCCCUUACAGCCGCAGCGACAACCGUCGCAAGGGUAUGUUCCUGGAUCCUUGCCCGCUCGAUUCGGGAGGUCCUUCAGUCCUCCGACGUCCCCGACGCCGACGUUCCCUUACACGCCGACGGUGACACCGCCGGUGAGCUCAUACGGUGGUCAUCCUGGACCGCGAACCUUCGAGCCACCGGAACCUACGCCUUCGUUAAGAAGACUCAAUUCGUCCGAUCAUGACGAUUUGCAAGAGCUCUCGCAACUACAUCACCAACCUUCGGCAGGGACGCUCUCCUCUCGUCCCGGGCAAUCGUUUAGUACGAGCGCGACGAGUCGACGCCCUUCCCCCGCGAUGACCACGUCUUCCACUCGGCAUUAUCGCGAUCAACCUAGUAUGACGUCCCUUUCCUCGAGGGAUACGCAUCGGACGUGGUCCUCGGCUUAUUCGACCUUGCAGCAGUAUCAAGAUCGAACGGAUGAUUCAGAAACCAUCAUGAUGAACCACUUGUCGAGGUUUUCAGGGACGACUUCAAUCGCGAUUGACAAUGGACCCGUUCCGGUGAUGCCUUCGAAUCCGACGAGGUUCGGAUCCCGAGCACGGAAUCAGAGUGGGAGUGAAUCGGCUUCGGCGCAGACGUUGGAGAGGGAUGAGAGACACGAUGGAGUCGCGUCGACUACUCGGGAACUUUUGAGCGCGGCACCGUUGAGUUUCACCCCCUUCCUACCUUGGGCGAUACAGUCUUGUGUCUUCGGAGCUGAUCUUGACAAUAUGUUGAUCAUUGUAGAACGAGCGCAAAGUCGGUUGCAGGUUCAAAAGCUGAAAAGCGAGGGAGUCCACCUAGGUGUUGUUGGGUCUGCGUGGUCCUCUUCAUCGUGCUGGCCCUCGCCGCGUAAGUCGACGAGUCAUAAGUUUAAAACUAUCGGCCUGAAAGCGCGAACUGGACUGACAAUAGCAUCUGAAAUUUUAGUACUGCGACGGCUUUAGGAUGGUAUUACGCCAUCUACAAAAAACAUUCCUCUUCACCCCUUAUUUCAACCGAUUCGGGUUCGAGAAACGUCUCUGGAAACUCAGGCAAGUCCGACGGUCCGCUUAGAUCAAAAAGAUCACGGAGCAUUCCAGUUUCAUUGCUCUUCCGAACUUCCGCUCAACAUGAUCCUAGGACCCUGCAGCAGAUUCACCCCCUUUCGCACCGGCUUCUCCUCCCCUUCGACCCGGUGGGAACUCGACGACCAAACUUCCCGGUCCUUUGAACACGCCUGCACCACCACCCGGCAAUGGCGUGAAAGAACCUCCGCAAACGAAGAAGAACUCGACCAAGCUUGCUCGAUCCCAUAUUGAUGGAGGAGGGAUGUCCGAUUUGGUGGAGAGUCAAGAGGUGCGUGUUUUGAAGGUGGAUGAAGGUCGCGGGUAGAUCAGAAAAGCCGACUUGAUGGGUCCUUCAGUCGAACACGAAGAUUGAUAAGGCGCUGAACGACGAACAAGGGAAAACGAAGAAGGAUGAGCAAGAGAAAAUCGUUGUAUCCGCUGGGCUCAAGGGGCAUCAAGGAGCGCAUCAUCAUCGGAAGAAGAAAGGACGUGGCAGUUGA